AUGACCCGCGUACCGUAUACCUUGUUGGGUAUUCUUCUCAUCGCCUCCGUCGCCGCCGGAUUAUGCCGAGAUACGGAAGCGUGCAUUGAGCGCGUCAAGGAGGUUGUCGCAGCGCCGAGAAGAUUUUGGUUCGGCGAGCAGCGUUCUGCACUUUGCUCAUCAGCGAGAAACUCCAAAAAAAUAGAAUGCGGUGGUCCGCCGCAAUUAGCAGCAUUCCAUUCAAUCGCCAGUCGUCUUUUCCGAGUAAAAACCUACCAUUCAGCAUAUUUGCGCAAUCUUAAUAUAUUUCCUCGCAUCACUUAUCGAGCCUCUCCAGGACAUUAUCGUGCUUGUGAGCAUGACUACUUCAGCGGAAACACUUCUGCUGUGGAAGCUGAUCCGGAUAUGGAACCAGUCGAGCCGUUUAGAAUUCGAAAGCGGCCAGAAAUCACCUGGAGCGAACUACAAUUUGACGAUCAAUACACUGUCUUGUUCACUGAUGUCGGCUACGGAACUCUAAACUACCUGGCCGUCGAUUUCCCAAAAAACACCAAAAUCCUCAAGGAUUACGAGCCAACCGAUAAUUAUCGCCCGUGGCCGAACCCAUUGGUGGUUUUAGUUUUUAGAAAGGGCCGAAAGCCAAUUGAGACUCCAAACGACGAAGAUUUCGAUCUAACCGAAUUCAUGCUAAAACACGAGCUCGAGGAUGAUCUCGUCGGGUUAUCGUUGAUUGUUGCCGGAAACGACCCGUUCGCGAUCGAGAAACAACGUAUUAAGGGAAAUGUCGAUUACUGUCAUAGUUUGCUCAAGAAGAAACUAGCAAUCCCUCAAAAGCAUUCAAUUCUCUCUCGCCUGCCACUGGACGAGCUUGAUGCAUGGCUCUCAAUCUCCUAUGAGCAGAGCGCGCUAAAUUCAAAUGUGUGCUGCCAGAAAAUUCGGUUGAGCAAAUCUACAAUUUUCCUUGAUCCUCUCGGCGAUUUGACAAUUUCCGCAUUGAGCACAUUAUCGCCCCCGAGUGUCAGCUCAUUGAGGACAUCGUCUGCUAUUCAUACGAAUUAUGUGAAUUAUCAUAGGCAUACAAGAAAUUUCGUUGAACUCUCCGAUGAAAAAUUCACACUUCUUGUCGUCGACGGCGCACAUGGUCACUUACACUGGAUGAUCGUCGACAUCUCGGCGGCCAGCCUCAACGCCGCCAAUCCGACAGGCACUACGAAAGCCGCCUACGUUCCGCUGACGCCAAAGAAACCAUCAACUUGCCACCAAUACAUCUUUGUUCUACUCUCACAGGCGGUGUCUCUCCAAGCUCUCGACCCUUUUUGCAAUACGCAUUGCGAAGAGCGCAAAAAAUUCAAGCUAGAAUUAUUCAAGCAACAGCAUAAUUUGAAACUCUCCGCUCUUUCAAUGGUCUCAUCAUGCUACGAUUUGCCAUACGCAUAUCAUAUCCUUAAAAAGGAGCUUGAAGCCAACCGAACAAUGACAGCGAAAUCUCCGGAAAAAUCCAAGAAACAUCAUUUCCAUUCGCAAAAAUCAACGGAAAUAUGCGCCGCAUUCCACGUCUCACCGCAUCACAAGUGCCCUGUGUCGGCAACUCAUAAAUUUUUCUCAGUUUUCCUACCAAUUAUUGUCAUUAUUGUUUCAAAACUGCUCUAA